AUGGGACGUCUUUUGUUGGCUGUAGCAACUUUUCUAGGAUUGGCGCAACUUCUUCUUACUCAAGAUACAUGUGAUUAUCCAGCCUGCGUGUUUAAACGAGUCCCUAACAGACAUGUUAUUGAAAGGUCUUUUGUGUACUUACAUUUUACGUCACUUCCGGAUAGGAUGCCCGCCCAGUGUCCUCGCAUCAUAGCUCGAGCUGACAACUGUAGUUCCCAGUAUGUAUCGUGCCCAAGAAGUGUACACAAAAAGUUUGCCCACCGUUACAAAGACGGUGCCUUCGUGAAUUAUUUAAUGCGUUUGGGCACAUAUGUAUGCGUGAACUUGUCAGCGUACAUGGAUUUAAAGAAGUGCUUCACCAAAGAACUUGAAAUGGCUCUGCAGAGCUGCAUCCAUGGCCAUGAAUUUGACCUUCCGUGUCUCAGAAGACAGUACAAUAAAACUAACGCAUGCACAGUUUAUGAAAGUAUCAUUUUCCACUAUCAUAUCAACCUGUGGCUUCCUCUUUACCCGUAUUAA